UAUUGUCGGUUUCAUGUUUAUUACUGAUAUAAUAAUAACAAAAUUGUAAAUAGUUAUAAUUACAUAAUAAAGUUCAAUGAAGUGUAUAUAUACAAAUCGUGUAGUUUAUAAAUAAAACAUUUUAUAAACUUGUAAUUGAGAAAUUACGCCCGGAAAAAUGCUUAAAAGUGUUUAAACAUGGCAAAGGACAAUAUAAUCUCGAAGAAAAUUGUUAAAACCAAAACUAAUUUUGGCGAUCAUAAAUGCAAAAUAUGUACCAAGAGAUUCUCGGAUAAAUCUGGAUUGGCCCAUCACAUCCAGCUCCAUUCAGCUGAACGUCCAUUUUCCUGUCACUUGUGUUCGCACACAUGUAAAACUAAGAAGUAUUUGAGCAAACACAUAAAGAGGGUGCACAAUGCGGCAACUGAGCACGAGUGUAGCUUCUGCGGAAGGAAGUUCCAUUACAAGAGUCUGUUGGAUCACCACAUGUAUAUACAUACAGACGAGAGACCUUUCAAGUGUGACUCCUGCGGCAAGGGUUUCAACACGAGCUAUUCAUUGAACACACACAAAUAUAUACAUACAGAUAUAAAACCGUUCCAGUGCAAAUACUGUGACUACGCGUGUCGUGACAAAUCGACGUUGAGGAAACAUCAGGAACGGCACCUGGGCAUCAGGAAGUACUUCCAGUGCAAGAUGUGCGAUAAGGGCUAUAAAACGAAGCGAGUUCUCAAACUCCACAUUGCUGAGGCUCAUUUGGACAUGGAAAUUAAGAAAAAGCCAUGCGUUCACUGUGGGAAGAUGUUCAAAUCGAAUACGACCUUAAACUCUCAUAUUAAAUUGGUCCACGAGAAGAUAUACUCGUGCAAGUGCGAUAUAUGCGGUGUUGAAAUAAGCAACAAGUACAAUAUGGCGGCCCAUCUCACGAAACACGUGCACGCCAAGCCCUUCGAAUGCAGCUUUGAAGGGUGUACGAAAAAGUUCAAAGAUAAGAGUACCCUCAAAAAGCACUCAUUGAUCCACUAUCCGGAUCAACAGUACGUUUGUACGUUGUGCGAGAGACGCUUCACUCGGGUCAAUCGUUUGAAUGUGCACAUGAAACAGCACAGAGCGAAAGAAAAAUGUGCGGUUUGUGAUUACUGUGGCACCAGUUUUUACAGUAAGAACUACCUCCGAACUCACAUAAUGAAGAAGCAUUGCAUCAAAGAGGAGUACAAAUGCGACGCGUGCGGGUUCCUCACGUACAACAAGCCGAGCCUGGUGAUGCACAUCAAGUACGGGCACGCGUUUGAACUGGAUAGGCAGUGUAAGAUUUGCAAGAAGUACUUCAAAAUGCAUAAAUAUUUAAAGUCGCAUUAUUGGAAUACACAUUGUAUCAAAUACAACAUGUCCUUGAGGAAGUCAAAAAUGAAGAAAAAUAAAAUUAUAAUAGAAGAGGACGACAACGAUGUGAAAGAGAUAGAACUAUUGCAUGAAGUCAAAGUUGAACCAUUAAGCGCAGACUCAGAAUCAGAUCUGAGGUCGAUGGAUUAUUCGCGAAUCGUACCAUCAGGAGAUACGCCAAGAACAGUAAAGAAGAAGAAAACGCCACCGACACGCUUCGAAGAUUUCUUCGUGGAGCACACAAUGCGACCUGAUGAAAAUGCUCAAGGUACAGACUCGGAGUAUGUCAGGGCUAGCAAUGCUCGAACGUCGGAAAGGUAUCAACGUAAGACAGAGACGAACACAUCGGUUAGAAAGAGACAGCACCGUACGGUGAUGAAAAUUGACAUCGCAGGACAACCGGAAGCUGGAAUUGAAAUAAAUGAUGUCACUAUAUCACAGCCUGAUAAAAUUUUCAAUAAUAAAACAUCAGAAAAUAUAAAUGAAAUACAUAAAGAAAAAGAAACAAAUAUAACCAAAUCCAAUAGAAAUAUUACUAUGUCAAAAUUAAAUGAUAACUAUAGCGACGAUGAAAACACAAAUCAAAUAGAAAACGAAUAUAAUAAACAUAAAACAAAUCUAAACAAAUCAAAUGGAAAUAUCAACACUAUAAAUGUUUCUACGUCAAAUAAAAAUGUUAAUGAUGAUGAAUCUGUUGAAAAUGAUGAUAAUGGAGUUGAUGAUGAAAAAACAUCACAAUCAAAACGGAUUAAGCUUAACACGCAUCAAUGUUACGUUUGUUUCAAGUUAUACGAAACAAGAGAGAAAUUAAUCAAUCAUUGCAAAGGACAUUUCGACGUGUGUAACGUUAACAUGUUAAAGAAGUGUCCGUUGUGCGAUUACGUUACCAAACUAAACUUACCCAGGCACAUGAAUUUAGUACACAAACUAAAUAUAAAACUUCCCUUCGGUGGUAUGAAAGAUAGAAAAAAUAAUAACAACGGUUCGAGGUUUUUUUAUAAUGUAGAAAACGAUAAUAUAAAAGAAGUAGAAGUCAUACCGAGCGUAAAUAAUCUUAAUAGACAAGAAUGUGUCGCUCUUGAUAGGAAAAAACGCACUGCCGAUAAUGAUGGCUUGACGAAAACUAAACUGGUUAAGAAACACGGCGAAUGGAUUGUUGAAAAGGAAAAGAUAAAUGUAACAAUUAAUACAAUCGUUCCAAAGAUAAAUAAUGCGGAUAGUGAAAAUUAUUUGAGUAGAAUGAAGCUUAUGUACAGGAUAGCGAAAAAUAAUGGCCAAAAGAUGUUAUUCCCUUGUGAUAAAUGUAAGAAAAUUUGCCAAACGCUAAGUGCACUUAAGUUGCACACGAGGAAACACGAUCCCAACCCGAAGCCGUUUAAGAAGAAAGUAUGGAAACACAAGUUGUCCGAAAACGAGCUGAUGAAGUUGAACGAUAAGCCACAGAUGAUAAAUCCGAAUCGAUACGAAAAACCGAAGCCAAUUGUCAAUAGACAUAAAUGCGAUCCGAAAUUGAAAGAGUUCUACGAGACCAACAUUAAAGGCGGCGAUGUAGAAUUUUGGCAGUUUCUGAAGAUAUUCAAUAAAAUGUCUCGAGAGAAUGUCAACAGUUUCGCCGAUUUGGAGAAUCGUAAAGAAUUCGGUGUACAUUUCAGUCUGCCAGACACUAGGGAAUCUAGUGCGACGAAAAUAACUACAGUUAAAACCAAAAACGCGUUCAAACGUACAAUAAUGAUCAGUAAGAGAAAUCACGAUAAGAGAAAAGCUAUGAUCGACGUUUUGAGGCGGAAAUUUGCAAACUCAACUGUUGAUACGUAAGAUUCUUUGAAAUGGGAAAUGGUUUUUUUUUUGUUUCGUUAUAAAAUAUUGUAUAUAUGUUCAUAAUAAAAUGCCUAAUUUGUGUUUGCAUGAUGGCGUGUUCAUGUGGAUUUAUUUUUAAAAAAACAUUCGAUGAUUGAAUUUGUGAGUAAUUCUGUUAAAAAAUUACGAACUUACAUUAAUUUAUUAAUGAUAUUAAAGCUAAGUAAAAUUUAAUCGACUUUGUAUUCGAUUCAAUUCGAUUUAUCAUUUAAUCGAUUGAAAACUACACAUGCUUACAGCUUAAGAGAUUUCCUAUUGUAGGAGUAAGGGGCGUAUCUUUAUGUAUAAAAAGCGUUCUUCAAAAUGUAUGAAAUUUAGAUGGCGCCGGUGCUAACAGUCUGUAGAGUGAAAUGGAAUUAGAAAGAAAUAGUUUGACGUUUGCUGUCAAAUUAUUCUGUUGAUCAAAUUAAUAAACGGCGCAAUUUUAAAAUAAGGAUUCGGGCGGAACUCCAUAUGAGAUACGCUUCCUUGCCUCUAUCUACCACAGAUUAUAAUAAAAUAGUGAGACUUUUACAAUAUAAGUAUUUUGUAUGUCGUGAAAUAUCGUCAUAUCCGAGCGUUGCAAUGUACUUAUGAGAAUGAUGGCCUCCUGAAUGAUUGCGGCCAAUAGACUAGCCAAUUGCGCAGGAUAAUAUAUUGCACAUGUGUGCGCAAACGCUAAAUAAUCCGAUGGGCCGGCAAACCGACAGAAUUGGAGAGGGUUAAGGCGUACGACCAACAGCUAUACAAACCGAGGCAUGCGAGUGUACAUAUUUAUCCCGACUCCGAGCAAUUGGGAAUUUUUUGAUAAAACCCCCGCCCGACCGUAGCCUUGAACCCAGACAAGGCUUUAUAUGCGAUAAUUGUUUAAUAAUAAGAUUAAAAGUCCAUUCAUUAGAAUAGUUAGCGUUUAUAUCAAUAUUAAAACUCUUUAGUUAAAAUAGAAGCAUUACACUUACUCAUUGAUAGUCAAAUUAGAAACUAGCACCGGUUCUGGAAAGAAAUAUCCUGACCUGAUGAGAACCGACGAAAGAAACGGUGUUUUUUAUCAUGUCUUGUAUGUAAUGGAUGCUGUGGUUUCCUGUAACUGAGCACAUAGAUUUAUAACUCACAUAAUGUAUUAGAGCUUGUCACGUGCAUUCCUUUUUGAAGAUCCAAAUAAAAAUAACGAAUUCUCAAUAUGAAUGGAAAUAAGCCAAGAGGCGACUGCUAUCACCCAUUAUCUAGUUGUAUAAUAACUUUUUGCACAAGCUCUCCUUUACAUUUUAAAUUUAACAACAAGUUUGUUGAACUUUUAUUUGGCGGACAUUUUAGACAGAACAAAACUAUGGCAAUGAAUCUCAAAUUAUUAGAUUUGAGCCACACAUACUAAAAGGUGAAUUAAAAAAAACGCGAGUUUGUGAGAAUGGAUGGAUGUAUCUUUGUCACCAUUUCACGAAAAAAAAUGACGACAUUUGGCGAGCCGGUUGGCGUGGUUGGUAGAUACUUGUCUUUCACGCCGAAGGUUGUGGGUUCGAUUCCCACCCAGGACAGACAUUUGUGUGCAUGAACAUGUUUGUUUGUCCUGAGUCUAGGUGUAAUUAUCUAUAUAAGUAUGUAUUUACAAAAGAAAAGUAGUAUAUGUAGUAUAUCAGUUGUCUGGUUUCCAUAGCACAAGCUUUGUACAAGCUUAAUUUGGGAUCAGAUGGCCGUGUGUGAAAAAUGUCGCAGGAUAUUAUUAUUAUUAUUAUUAAAAUAUUAAAUG